AUGGGUUGCUGUGACUCUAAAGGUGACUAUGCUGAGGAUACAAAAUUAGCCUCUACUACCCAAAAAUCGCCAAAUAAUAAGAAAGCAGAAAGAACGCGUAAGCCUCGUAGAACAAAUUUGAGAACUCCUGGAUCGACAAGAAAGACAACCUUUAAAGCAGAGCCUGCCCUAGAAAUUAAUCGAGGAGAUUAUAUACAAGUCAAUGAAGGAGAAAUUGAAGAGAAAUAUCAAAUAAAAAAGGUUAUCCAUAAUGGUAAAUUUGGCGAUGUCUGACUUGCAAUACUUGUAAAUGGAGGAUUUAAAAGGGUGAUUUCUGAAAUCGAUUUAGCAACCCUUGGCAAAAAAAGAAAUGAAGCAGUAUUAAAAGAGCUAGAAAAAUUAAAAGAAUUGGUAAAAGAUAUAUAGGAUCAUCCAAAUAUCAUAAAAGUUUACGAAUUCAUAAAGCACUUUAAUGCAGUUUACAUAGUUACAGAAUAUCUUGAUGGAGACAGCCUAGAAAUGAAAAUCCAGCACGGUCAUUUUAUUGAAGAAGACAAGGCAAGAACUUGCAUAAAAACAAUUUUGAGUACUUUGAAUUAUUGCCAUAAUAAAGGAAUAGUUCAUGGGAACCUGACUCCGACAAAUAUACUAUUUGAUGGAAAAAAUAAAAACUCAGUAUGGCCCCUGAAUUAUUUUAGAUCAUUAUUGGCCAUCCAUUUUAAUUUCCAAAAUUAAUUUGUACUUGCCAGUUUUUUUGAAAAGUAAAAACGAAAUAGACAAAUCUCCGUUUAUGGGUUUAAGGUACCUAAUCAGACUUAUACUGUAUAAGGCAGGUGCCCUGUACAUAUUUUUUUUCUGGUCGGUAUUCUGCUGGGGUAUAGAGAUCUAUUAAGGUGCAUGAGCUAUACUCAAACUUAACGACUUUGGGUUUUCAUGGAAUAAAAUUUCAAAAUCAAGCAAAUUAAAUUCAGUAUUUUCUAUAUAGAUGCAUUACGCAGCUCCUGAAAUUUUGCAAGGUAAAGCCAAUAGCCCUUCAAGCGACAUUUGAAGUCUUGGAGUUAUUUUAUAUAUGAUGCUAACAAAAGCUCUACCAUUUACUGCAGAAAACACAGAAAAGCUAAUUGAUAGAAUUCAGAAGGGAUUUAAUUUGGAAGAGUAUCUGUUUUUCAGUAACUCAAAAGAAGUCCAAGACUUAUUGAUAAAAAUGCUUACACUAGACCCUCAGCAGCGAAUUUCUACAUCAGAUGCGCUUAAUCAUCCUUGGAUCACGCUAAAAGAUGAUCAACUUCCUACUAUAAAAUUGACUAAAGAGUCAAUGGCAUGGUUUUCUCAUUUUCAUGUAAUUUUUAUACAGUCUAAAAAUAGAAUCCAAAAAAUAAUGCUAUCGUCAUGUAUAAGUCAAGUAUCAGAUUUAUCUGAUGAAAUGGAGCUGAGAACUUUAUUUGAAGCUCUUGAUAAGGAUCAUAGCGGAACGAUCCAGAUUAAAGAGUGCAUUGAUGGAUAUAAACUAUUUGGCUUUGAUGAUCCAAACGAAAUAAAAGAAAUUUUCCAAAAAUUUAAUCUUAACGAGAAUGAGGAAAUGAAUUUUUCAAUUUUUCUCGCAGGCUUUACUAACUGAAAUUCUCCUGAAGAAAUUAAAAAGUUAGAAAAAAUGUUCCAAGUAUAUGAUUUAGAUAAUAGUGGAAGUUUGAGUUUUAAGGAACUGGUUAAAGCAAUACCAUAAUAAUAAAAUGGCUCAGUGCGGAAUUAGUUCUCUCCGAGAACUAUUCCAUUCUUCGCUUUUAUUAUUAUGGGGUUCAGUUUUCCACGUGGACUUUUAUCCUCAACACCAAUAUGGAAUACUGCAUAAGGUAUUUUUUUUGUCCAGGGUAUUAAGAGACAUAGAUUUUUCUGCUUGGCACACCCGAGGAGGGUGACCCUUAUGCGGAACACGCGCAGGAGUCAAGUAUGGGCGAGGUAAGCCCGACCAAUGAAGACCUUCUGGCCUGACGGGAAUGUCUUCUGGAAUGCUUGCUAGACAAGAUGGUCACUGACGUCACCAGUUGGGAGUUAAAAUGGUGGGCUUAUGCAUGCCUAAAUCAUCCUGCUGAAGAGGGAAACACUUUAAAUACCUGAGUAAUUAAUGUAAUAUAAUGGCUAAAGCAAUACCAGGAGUCCAAGAAAAUGAAAUGAGGGAGUAUUUCAAGUUAGCAGAUUUAAACAAGAAUCGAAAAAUCGAAAUUCAAGAAUUUGUCUGCUCAUUGACAAGAGCAUUCAAUACCAAAGCCUAA